CAGCCUUCAUUCUCCAGCCCAGGUCCACCCACUCCCCAGUUCGAUGCUUCUUCUCAUCAUUCUUCUCUUCUUUUCCCUGUCCAUCUCAUAGCAUGUCUGUGGGCCACAAUGGACAGCUAUCAUGAUCUCCCUGAAGUACCUCGGUCGGAGCCUGUUUUCCCUCCCUCAUCACAGGAGAUUCCUUCCUCCCCACCCUCAAUAGCCUCCGAUGUUGGAUUCCGUCGCAAGCCCAGAAAGCCUCCUCCUGUCACUCCACGCUCAUUCAAGAGGUUCUUCACUCCUCGGUCUAUGCUGAAUAGCGGCAACAAUACCAACAAUGCGAACUCAGUCAGGACUAACCGUCAGGCCCUGAAGACACUUAGCUCCCCUGCGGUCAAUCGGCUGGGUCCGGCCUUUACCAAGACAUUGAAGGCCAUUGAAAACAGAUCCGUUUCUCCCGAAUUAGUACGGACUCCCAGCAAGAGACGGAAGCUCUCCUUUUCAUCUAUUGGCUCGUCUCUUCAAUCAUCGCCCCUCAAAGAAGUCCAUGUUCGGGGGUCAAUCAAAUACGAUCAAGAGCUAGCCGCCCCGGUCCGGAAGAUCGCGUUGAAUGUGAGCAGCAUACCGGAGCAUGAGCCCAAGCUUGACACGUUCACCUCCAAGCCUCCUCGCCAUGUCUCACCAGUCCGUCGGUCACGGGCUCUACAAACAUCGGGCGCGCUACACAUGCGCAGUGUAUUGGGGAAUCGCGCAAAUCGAGUUACCGUGCGAGCGAACUCCGGAGCUAGCUGGCAGGAAUUGACCUCGAACUUCUACUCCCGCCCGGAUGAUAGUCACAAUUGUGCUAGUGUCGCUGGUGAUCGCUAUGUUCUUCCGUUCUGUGCGGCGUCCUGCAACACCAAUAGUCUUGUUGCUGUGGGCGACGAGGAAGGUGGCAUCAGAUUACUGGAUUCUGCUAAAGACGACAAGAACGGAUUCUCGCAAGCAUACCUUACCUUCCGUCCCCACAUGAACUCGAUCAUGGACCUAGAAUUUUCGUCCGAUGAUCUACUGCUCGCAACAGCUUCCGGGGACCAGACUGCGCUAGUCGUCGACAUGACUACACAAACACCGAUAUAUUGUCUUUCGAACCACGUCUCCUCCGUCAAGCGAGUUCAAUUCCAACCGGCGGCCAACAACAAAGUCCUAGCAACUUGUAGUCGAGACGGCAAUGUGAACAUCUGGGAUCUUCGAUGCAAAGGCUUCGAUAAGCCGUGCUUGCAAGUACAGUGUUCCCUUGAAUCUGAGUCCGAACCCACUACUUCGCCUAUCUCAUCCAAAACGACGUUCCCUCAAGUCAUGAACACCAUCCAUGGCGCGCAUGCUUGGAUGCCACAAACUGCCGCAAUGUCGGGAGCAGAACCGCAAACCCGCCGCUCCGAUAUUACUGUGACUUCGCUGGCCUUCCUUCCUCCUGGGCGCGAAAACUUGUUUGUCACCGCUUCCGAAGCCAAUGCCUGCGUACGAUUAUGGGACAUUCGCACGACACAUCACAACCGUCGUAACCGGCCAGUCCUCCCUCUCUCUACUACUCGGGAGCCUGAAAGCCACGCCAAAUACCGACGCUUUGGCCUGACGUCGAUCACACUCGGCGGAGACGGCUCCCGACUUUAUACACUAUGCCGCGACGGCACCGUUUAUACAUACUCCACCUCUCACCUAGUGCUCGGCAAUGCGCCCGAGCUUUCCCUCAACAAUGAUCGCCCACGCCGCUCAGGUGGCUCCGACAAAGAAGGCCUCGGCCCGCUUUAUGGCUUCCGCCACUCCCGUCUUCAGGUCUCUUCCUUUUACGUGAAAAUCGGAGUGCGUAAAGCCGCCGGUGACAAACCCGAAAUGCUAGCCGUCGGAAGCAGUGACCGCUGCGCGGUCCUUUUCCCCACCGACGAGAGAUUCCUCUCAACCUCAUCCGCCAGUUCUACCGCCGCAGAGACCGACUCACUGCCCGACACCCCAUUCUCUACUCGCUCCGGGCGUCUUCGCCGUACGAACUCAGGGGUCGGUCUAUCCGGCCGAUUGGAAGACACCAUCCCGAUCUACCAAUCCGGCACCCCUCUCAUCGAGGGCCACGCCAAAGAAGUCUCUGCUGUAUCUUGGACGGCUGAUGGCGAACUUGUCACCGUCAGCGAUGACUACAGCGCCCGAUGCUGGCGCGAGGGCUCCGAAGCUCGGGACCUACGCGCAAGCGGGGAGACGGAGGGCAAACGAUGGCGCUGCGGCUGGGCGCAAACGACCGACUCGUAUGAUGACGAAGAUGAAUGAUUUUCUUUGGUCUGCUUUCUCUUUUCCGGCGCUUUUUACCCCAUGUUUUAUCCUCAUAAUUCUCGGUGUCAGCAUCCUGUGGCGUUUGUGUCCCGUUUCUAUAUCAAUGUUUGUGCUUUAGCGGGUGUUUUGUGUUAUUUUCGUCUGUUUAGUCCUGUACGCAGAGAACUGGUUGUGAUGGUGUUAUUCUAUUUAGGUGGGUUGCUGCAAAGCAGAGAACAAGAGUUGUGUCUAGUUACUUGAGAGGUAGAACUGAAUCUGCCACAAAUAGUGAGGUG